GUAUGUGUCGUGUGCAUUGGGAUGCCCAUAUGAAGGAAACAUCAUACCAGCUAAAGUGGCAGAAGUAUCUAAGCGUCUGUACAGUAUGGGCUGUUAUGAAAUCUCUCUGGGGGACACAAUCGGUGUGGGGACUCCUGGAAGUAUGAAGAGAAUGUUGGAAGCUGUUAUGAAAGAAAUUCCUCUGAGUGCUCUUGCUGUUCACUGUCAUGACACAUAUGGCCAGGCAUUAGCCAAUAUCCUCACAGCCAUACAGAUGGGAGUUGCUGUAGUGGAUUCAUCUGUUGCAGGACUGGGUGGUUGUCCCUAUGCAAAAGGUGCUACUGGAAAUGUAGCCACAGAGGAUGUGAUAUACAUGCUUAACGGUCUAGGGAUCAAUACAGGAGUAAAUCUUUAUACAGUGAUGGAAGCUGGAAACUUCAUCUGUACAGCUUUGAACAAGAAAACAAACUCAAAAGUUGCACAAGCUUCCUUCAGUACUGGAGCUAUCAAUUAAAUGGAUUUUUUUUUUGCAGCUUAGUUACAUUUGUCGUCUACCUUGACCAAGGACAUUUAUAUCAAGAAAACAAAUAUAAGAAAACCAUUUCAGCAAAGAACCAAAAUAGAACCCAUAUAUAACUUUUUAUUAUGGGAAGAGUUGCUGUACUGUACUGUUUUGUCAAGAAUUGUCUGAUUUGUGAGUAAGAAAUAAAUUGCUGUAGUACAGAACCCUGUGCUUGGUACUUCUACAGAUGAGAAAAAUGUAUAAACACCAGGACAUUUUACCAUGUUUUAAAUUGAAUUUUACUUAUUUUCAGGAAAACGGAAUAGAAGCAGUGAAUACAUAGUUAAUUUUUAAUCAAGAUGACUUUUAGAACAGUACAGAUAUUUGCAGUAGUUUAUGAGAUCCCACACUGUGUGUGGCCAUUCUAUUAUGUGUUUUAUUUAUCUGAAUCUUUACUUUCCAUUUCUCAAGUCAGUUGUGUUAUGACUAUGGAGCCAAAUUUGACUUCACCAUAAGAAUUUUUUAGCAAUAGCACUUUUUUAUUUUUGUUUUGUUUAACAUCUGUUAAGUAUAUGGAUGGCUUUAUCUUUUUCCAAGACUUUGUGGUGAAUGGCAGUUUCC